CACUUUGAUCCAGUGGCUCAUGUUGCGGUUUAUUCAACAAUUUUCCUUUGCAGAGCAGGUAUGAAUUUCUCUUCAUUUGUUAUGCAGUUGUUAUUUAUAAAUUCAUUAUGUAAAUUGCAGUGUUAUUUAAAUUACAGUGACAUUGAAAAUUUGCUUACAUGUGCAUACAUGUGGAGGUAUACAAUUUUUUAGGUAUUUCUAGAAGAGCUCAGCCGUAUGUCACCAUCACCGGAGGUGGAACAGAAGGAGGUUAUUGAAAAGACAAAAGAACCCAAACCAGAACCUGAACAGGUAAACCAAGAAGAUCUCAGCCCUUUGUCAUCAUCAUCAGAGGUGGAACAGCAGGAGGUUAUUGAAAAGGUUAUGCACCAAGUUCAAGAAGAUAAAAUUAUCUCCACAUAUUCAGUUAUGUUCUUAUUAAUUGGAUCUGUCUCACUUACUGUUAUCAUCUUUCUCCUCUUUCCCUCAUAUGAAGUUUACAUAGAGGCAGUUUUCUUCUCUGUCACCAUUGGGAUCAUCAUUAUUAUUAAAGACAAGAACAAUAAACUGACCGAGGAAAUAAAACAGAAUGAGAAGCAGUUAAAGUUCAGACUUGGCACAUUGGAAGAUGAACUCAACAAAUGGAAACAAGAACUGGAAAAGGAAAAAGAUGAGAACCAGAAGCUGCAGAACAAAGUCAAAACUGAACUGGAGAACCAGAAGGAUCAGCUGAACCAGAAACUCCAAGACGUUGAGAUUAAGAGGAAGAAAAACAAAGAGGAAGUUCAGAUGGUGGAGAAACAAAUAACUGAGAAAGAAAACUCUGAUAACAAGGAUCUGCUAUUAGGGGGGAAAGGAAAACUGUUACAGUCCCAGUGGAAACUGGAUGAGGAGAAGAAACUUUAUGAAAAACAGAUACUGAACAUAGAGAAGCUGCAGUUUUCCUGCCAGUUGACUCCAUUGAGAACUGGAUGCAGUCCUACUUCUGUGCAGCUUCCCGAGGCCUACAGCAGAGCUGAUUGGCUCACCAAUUGUCAGCUCCACCAAUCCCUGAUGAGGCCUCCCAUUUCAAAUCCACCACUUCCAGAGAGAAGAGGAGGCUGAUUUUUUGUUGAGACAUCUUGCCACUUUGCUGGGUGUUUGAAUGCUUUAAAUAGAAUUGUCUUUCUGUGAGCUUUUAUAAACCUUGUUGAUAGCUUUGAUAGCUUUGUCUCUCUGGGAUUAUUGUGCACAAACGUCUAGUUGGCUACUAGAGAUUUGAAGUUUGUUUUUGUUUAACCUUAGCUUUUUGUCCUGUUUUGUUAAAAUAUUUGGUUUACAACUGUGAUUGUUU